CCCCACUGGUAUCACAAACAACCAAACAAACACGUAAACAAGAAACCUCGUAGUUCCUUUCCAACGCUGUCAUUGCGUUUGCACACAGUUCAGGUCAACUCAACUUUUUGCUUUGCAUUCCUCUUUUCUCUUCUGUUCGCACUCCCAAUUCCAAUUCUCACAAUUCGCCCUAUCAAAUUCCCAAACUGAAUCCGAAGAUAAUCGGAGGAACAUAGCAGCAACGUCACGUGACUUUCGCCUCAAUUUGUUCGUCUCUCUGUGCUGCUGCACGUGACAUGGCAUCACACCAGGCAAUGGCUUCUUCUUCCUUCAUCAGAAACUUCAUAAUUCCCGACCACAUUCUCGUACCGGGCUCUCCCGUUCAAAAUGAGGGCCACGAGCCUGAUUGUCCCGUCCUCGUUUUUGUCAACUCCAAGAGUGGCGGUCAACUCGGAGGAGAUCUCCUCCAAACCUAUCGCAAUUUACUUAAUCCAAAACAGGUUUUUGAUUUGGGGGAGCAGGCACCUGAUAAGGUUCUCAGAACGGUGUAUGCUAAUUUGGAAAGCCUUAAUCUACAGGGUGAUCAGUUUGCUAAAACGAUCAUGAAGAAAUUGAAGUUAAUUGUUGCAGGGGGUGAUGGGACAGCCGGCUGGCUUCUUGGAGUUGUUUGUGAUCUCAAAUUAUCUCACCCUCCACCUAUUGCCACAGUGCCAUUGGGCACAGGGAAUAAUCUGCCUUUUGCGUUUGGUUGGGGGAAGAAGAACCCGACAACAGAUCAAGCAUCAGUUGAGUCCUUUUUAAAUCAAGUGAUGAAGGCAAAGGAAAUAAAGAUAGACAACUGGCACAUUCUCAUGAGAAUGAGAGCUCCUAAAGAAGGUUCCUGUGAUCCAAUUCCACCGCUUGAGCUACCACAUUCUUUGCAUGCCUUCCAUCGUGUGUCUGAAGCAGAUGAACUUAAUAUGGAAGGUUGCCACACAUUUCGUGGGGGAUUUUGGAAUUACUUCAGUCUGGGAAUGGAUGCUCAAGUGUCUUAUGCAUUUCAUUCAGAACGAAAGAAGAAUCCUGAAAAAUUCAAAAACCAGUUGAUUAAUCAGACUACUUAUGCUAAGCUUGGAUGCUCACAAGGAUGGUUUCUUACUCCUCUUAUGCACCCUGCUGAUAGGAACAUAGCACAACUAGCUAAAGUAAAAUUCAUGAAAAGGCAUGGUGAAUGGCAAGACCUAAACAUACCUCCAAGUAUCCGGUCAAUUGUAUGUCUUAACUUGCCCAGCUUUUCUGGUGGACUGAAUCCAUGGGGUACACCUAACAGGAGGAAGCAGAGUGACAGAGAUUUGACACCACCAUUUGUUGAUGAUGGCCUCCUAGAAAUUGUGGGUUUUAGAAAUGCGUGGCAUGGGCUUGUUUUGUAUGCUCCAAAAGGACAUGGAACGCGUCUUGCUCAGGCACACAGAAUCCGUUUUGAGUUUCGGAAAGGUGCUGCGGAUCAUACAUUCAUGAGGAUUGAUGGGGAGCCUUGGAAGCAACCCCUUCCGGUGGAUGAUGAUACAGUUGUGGUUGAGAUUUCUCACCUUGGGCAGGUUAACAUGCUAUCCACGGGUAAUUGCAAGUCUAAAAGUAUGUAUGAUCCUUUAUCACCACGCCCAGAAGUUGAGGAAGAUGACAGUGAUGAAGAAGCCUCUCCAUCAGAGGAAUUUCGGAAAUUUGGUGCAGCUGAUACAUUUAAAAUCCCAGAUGAUAUUGACCCUUCUCGUCUUAGUUAGGUCCCUCAUUAUUAAGACAAUUAUAGUGUUAUGCAGCUGAAAUUUCCUAUACUAAUUAGUCGUAGUUAACCCCUUCUAAAUAUUUGUGGCUUCUAUCAAUGUGAAAACCACUAUUCUCAUUUCUAGAAUUAUUAUGACCGUAAACAUGAUAAAUGCAUUGGGAUGAUGGGAUACAGCAAUUGCAGUUGUAAUACAUAAUUUCAUGUAGACUCGAUGUGUAAGGGCUAAUUUUGGCGUGAGAUUAUGAAAGGAUUGAAGAAAAAAGUUGUUGAGGGGAGUAAA